GUUCCUCUGAGGGCUCCAACUCAUCUUCUUCGACCGGGCCUUCUUCUCUUGACCCCAUGCCCGGUCGGGCUCCCAACCCCUCCAUACCUGAACCGCAGCCUGUAAAUCAAAUGCCCGGUCAGGUUGCCACGGAGAGGGAUGGACCGGUUGAUGACGAACCGGGUCCCUAUGACCCUGAAAACGAAACCCGGGAUGCGUGGGAGGAGCGGCUUCACGCCGCCGGUUACUUUCCGCUCCCCACCUUCUACGUCCUUGACAUUCCUUCCCAUGUAUCCAAAAUCGCCUUGAAUAAAAUUCGUAGGAGGCUCCCGGAUGGGUAUACCCUUUUGUACGAACCCAACUGGCCCAACAUUGUUGAACCCCACCGGGAAGAUAGGAUAGGGUUUCACACCAUAUCACUGGGCGCGGGCAUCGUUUUUCCCCUUCGCCCCCUCCUAACUGAAGUCUGCCAUGCGUUCAGGAUUUUGCCCGGUCAAAUAAUUCCUAAUGCUCACCGGUAUCUCCACUCCUUUGUAAAUAUUUGCUCCCAUCACAAAAUUGAGCCCUCCUUACGUCUCUUUCUUUUCUGUUUCGAAGUCUUGCCGGGGGGAACCGGUUGCGAAGGUUUUGUGUACUUCAAAGGUCGAACCGGUAGGAAAUUCAUCUCUGACGUCCCUCAAAGCAACCGGGGAUGGAAAGAAAAGUUUGUCUUUAUUGAGUUCCCUCCUUUUGUCACCCCUUUGGCCGGUCUAAAAUGGAACGACCAUCUUCUUAACCACGAGUAUGCCACACCGACCACCUCCCCUGACUUGGAAGCGAGUCUGGAAAUCCUCCUCCAUGGUGAUCCACUCACUGGGAGGAAGUAUAACUAUGGAAGCUGGGUUUGGAGGGUUGAAUCGGGUGGUGAGGGUACCUCCCAGGCCCAUGACGCAGCGGGGCGCGGGGUACCCUCCCCGGGCAACACUGCAGAGGCUGAGGGCAACUCCCACCCAGACAUGGAGUUCGAGGAGUAUGUCAUGCCCGAAGAUAAGCCAGAAGGAGAGACCGGUGGUUCUCAGAUCGGUGCUGCCAAAACUUUCACGGUCCAACCUGAGACCGUGGAAGUCCAUGAUUUGGACGAUGAUGAGCCCCCCACCGACCGGUCAAAAGAGAAGGGCAAGGAAAAGACCGGGCGUCGUCAGAAGAAGGUGGCCACCACCCACCCCUCUUAUGCAAAGAAGAGGACAAGGUCAGAUUCUGAGCCGGCCUCCCAGACUAUUGAAGAUGCCUUUGUUAACUUAGGCCUGAGACUGAAGGAGAAGGGGGAGAUUGGGCCUUAUGCAGCUGAGCAGCUGGGGAUGGGCUCCCCUUCGGAGGUUGCCUGGCUGAAGAAGGAAAAAGAAGAGUUAGCCCUAAUUUUGAAGAGCCAGGGAGAUGAGCUGAUCCGUCUGUCUGGUAUGGCCGGGACAAUGAAGGCGGAGAACUCCCAGCUGAAGGAGGAGAACGGCCGGCUUAUGGAUGAAGUUUCUGAGGCUAAGAGGGAGAUGGCGGAGAAGGAAGAAACCUUCCCCGGGCGCGCAGCCGCCUGGGUUGAAGAGAACAAAGCCGAUGCUGCCCGGGGAGAAAAAUGAUCACCGCCAUCGGAUCCUUUGGAUUCAAGAGUGGUCAGAAGAAGGACCGGAUCGCCUCCCAUCGGGUUUUGCUGAAAAGGGA